UUCGUUUCCUGUCGACGUGUGUCUCCGUUUUCCAUUCUUACUUCCUGGAUACGUACACAGGGAACCGCGAGAGAGACAAACGUAACGUUCCAAAAACUGAUUUUAUAACUCGAAGUUCAGUUUUUGUAGAAUUAAACUAUCGAGAAAAUGUUUAUCAUGUAGCGUGUAAACGCCCGGCACUUGGUGCUUUGUAAUGUCGCUGUCUCGGGAAGUCUUGUUAUUGGUGUUGGACGGGAAAGGAUUCCGCCGAGUUUGACAUGCAGAGGAGCUUCGGGGGCACCCAGCUGUAUCUGUGUCGUGCUUCAUAAAACAAAGAAAAUCACAGCUAUCGGAUCUCCAGCUGAAAACAUAGUUUGAUACAGCACCCCCCCAAAGGGAAAACCCCCCCGAACCGCCGCGGAAAUGACGGGCUCAAACUGGGGUCUGAUCAUGAACGUGGUGAACAGCAUCGUCGGCGUGAGCGUGCUAACCAUGCCGUUCUGCUUCAAGCAGUUGCUUUGCAUCAGCUCUUGGUUGAAGAAAUAAGCGAAGAAAUGGUGUCGGGGCCACGCUUCAGUUCUCACCGGCCGCCUUGUGUGCGCGCCUGUAGUGCGGGAUCGUGCUGGGCACACUGCUGCUCUUCUUCUGCUCCUGGAUGACGCACCAGUCCUGUAUGUUCCUGGUCCAUUCAGCCAGCAGCACCAAGCGCAGGACCUACGCCGGCCUGGCUUUUCAUGCUUAUGGGAAGGCAGGCAAAAUGCUGGUGGAGACCAGCAUGAUCGGCCUGAUGCUGGGUACCUGCAUCGCUUUCUACGUUGUCAUCGCUGACCUCGGCUCCAAUUUCUUUGCCCAGCUGUUAGGGCUUCAGGUGACGGGAAGUUUCCGCGUGCUGCUCCUCGUCGCCGUCUCCCUCUUCAUCGUGCUGCCGCUCAGCUUGCAGAGGAACAUGAUGUCUUCCAUCCAGUCCUUCUCCGCCAUGGCGCUCAUGUUCUAUGCGCUCUUCAUGUUCGUGAUGGUGCUCUCCUCUUUCAAACAUGGUCUCAUCAGCGGGCAGUGGGUGAAGCUGGUCACUUACAUGCACUGGGACGGCGUCUUUCGCUGCAUCCCUAUCUGUGGCAUGGCAUUCGCCUGUCAGUCGCAGGUCCUGCCCACGUACGACAGCCUGGACGAGCCCUCGGUAAAGCGGAUGAGCACCAUCUUCACCUACUCCCUGAAUGUGGUCACCACCUUCUACAUCACAGUCGGCUUCUUUGGGUACGUGAGCUUCACCGACACCAUCGCCGGCAACGUGCUCAUGAACUUCCCCUCCAACCUGGUGACGGAGAUGAUCCGCGUGGGCUUCAUGAUGUCGGUGGCUGUCGGCUUCCCCAUGAUGAUCCUACCCUGCCGGCAGGCCAUCAACACCAUGCUCUUUGAGCAGCAGCAAAAGGAUGGCACUUUCGCUGCUGGGGGGUACAUCCCACCCCUGCGUUUCAAAAUGAUCACCCUCUCCAUUGUGUUUGGCACCAUGCUGGGUGGCAUUCUCAUUCCCAAUGUGGAGACCAUUCUGGGCCUGACCGGAGCCACCAUGGGAAGCCUCAUCUGCUUUAUCUGCCCCGCCCUCAUCUUCAAGAAGAUCCAGAAGAACACCAUCAGUGCCCUGCUGGUGCUCUGGGUCGGCCUGGGCAUCCUCCUCAUCAGCACCUUCACUACGGUCUCUGUAUCGAUGGUGCAGAGUCACAGACUGCCACCCCCUCCAGCCCCCAUGCCUGGGGGCAAUUCCAAGCCUGACCUGGGCCAGGCUGAGCUGCCACAGCUGCAGACAGUCAAGAAUGUGGUUCUGGACAAGCCAAUGGAGAAACAGGAGGAGCAGGUGAACCCCGCACGGCCCGCGGGGGGGGGCGAGCCCCCAGAACCUCCCCAGAUCAAAGUUCCCAUGGAGAUUCCAGAAAGAAAGAAGGGGCAGGAGGUGCAGCUGGACCGGCCGGACGCAGGCAUAGCCAUGCCGGAUGGAGAGGCCCAUCGCCACGAGCCCCCAAUUCCUCACGACAAGGUGAUGGUGGAUGAGAGAAAAGACAAGGACGAGCUGGAGGAGGAGGUCAAGGCAGCAGAUGAAGGGAAGGACUCUGAGCAGGGGGUGGGGCAUCUCCAGGGGGUGGAGCAUGUGCAGGGGGUGGAGCUAGAGAAGAAACUUGCAGAGGUCCCAAAGCCAGACGACAUGGCCAACGCUGCUGUGGAGAAACAGGAGCAUGACACACCACCUUACAAGGACCUGGACAGAGUGCCUGAGGGGAACAGGGUGCAUGCUGGGAAGGAUGGCGCCCAGGACAGGAGAAAAGGAGUAGAGGACAGGGCCCCGGCGGUGUCUUCUGAGAAACGUGACCAUCACCCUCCCCCUGCCGCAGAAGAAGACCCCCGUGUCCCGGUUGUGGAGCCCAAGGACAAGGAGGAAGGGAAGGAGGCUGCUGUGGAGGCGAGUAAACGGCGCGGUACAAAGGGUCAGCUGGACCAUGCAGAGAUCCUGCAGGUGAUCAAGGAGCAGCAACAGAAGCUACUGGACCAGCAGGAGAAGCUGCUAGCCGCCUUCGAGGAGCAGCACAAGGAGAAGCAGCAGCAGGGGGGGGUGGGCGGAGGGGGGGGGCAGCAGCAAAGAGGAGCAGAAGGACAGCCAGACCCAGAGGCAGAGCAGAACCGGAAGGAGAAGCUGCAGCCUGCGGAUGGAGGAGUGAAGGUCAAAGAGAUUGGCCCAGAUACUCAGGAGCAUGUGCAAGAGGUUGUUGCUCAGCCAGCCAAUAAGGUGGUGAAGGAAGGGAUGGCUGGACCUCUGGGGGGCGCCAUGCACCCCGAUCCCCAAGUGUCCAGUUCCAGGCCUGCGAAGCAGGAGGUGAUUGUAGACGGGGCUGUGGAACAGCCACGAAAGGAGAUGGGGGCCAGGGGGGUACCACUGGUACAGAAGCCCCCCCCAGGAGAAGCCCAGGCCGACGCCCAACCUAAGAUCAAACAGGGGGGUGACGUUGGCGGGGCCGGGGUGAAAGCGGGGGCUGUGGACCAUCCGGAGGUGGAGAGGAUUAACAGGGAGCUGGAAAAGCAGGAGAAGAAGGUGGACAAUGAGCCGGAGAAGGAGAGGGGCCAAAAAGAUGUGGGGGGAGAACAGGGGCCGGGGCUGGAGCUCCACGAGGGGGCUGCCCCACAGCAGCCUGUCGUCGAGGCCCCAGGUGGUGCUGCCAAGAAUGCGGGUGGAGUACAGGAAGGGGAGGACCAGCCAAUCAAAAAGGGUGGAAGAGACCUGAAGCAAAGCAUCCAAUCACAGGCAGAGGUGGAGAGGAAGGAGAUGCCCAUCGAGCAGGGGGGCCCUGUGAGUAAGGAGGCCCAGGAGGGUGAUAAUCAUCACCUGGAGGAGCUGGACCUGAAGAGGAGGCGACGCGAGGUUGGGCCCGGGGGUGUCCCAGGGCUGGAGCCCCUGCUGGAACUGGGUGGAUCUGAUCUUCACGCUGCCCUGGAGGGACAGCUCCUGGGGGGGGCACUGGUCCACACCCGGCAAAUCAAAGAGGCCACACACACUGAAAAGGAGAGAUAACACCUCCUCCUGCUCCUCCACCUCCUCCUGCUCCUCCACCUCCUCCUGCUCCUCCACCUCCUCCUCCCUCACACAGCUGUUUUUAGUAUUCACAUGUGGCCCUUCAGCAGGAGGACCCUGGGGAGGGGGCCUGUGUGUGGACGCGUGGGUCAGAGGGACUUCGGGUUUCUCCUUCCUCCUGGUGGGUCUCUCCCUUCCUCCUGGUGGGUCUCUCCCUUCCUCCUGGGGGGUCUCUCCCUUCCUCCUGGGGGGUCUCUCCCUUCCUGUCUGGGCCGUGCGUCCUCUGCCCUCUCCCUCCAGGUCGGCUGGGGUGCGGGUGGCAGCUCGCAGGAGAUCAGCGGCUCUACUCCUUGCUCUUUGGAGCCUGACACCUGGUAUCUCCUGUCUGGUCUUCGUCCAGUCCGAGCCCCGAGCACGGACGCCACACGCCACUUCUCCAUAGCUCAGUGACUGAACCCUUCCGUGACUUUGCCUUAAGCUGUGGCACUUAUCUGUAAACCCGCCUGCCCCAGGUGGCUGGUUCGCCACGACCUGAUUCACGUGACGUCACCUGACGCAGUAUGACUGCAUCCUGUAUUUCUGAGCCCUGGGUUACCUCCCUGUCCCCCUCCCCCCCACCUGGAUAUCUCCUAUUUUUCCAAAGACCUUCAAUCACUGAUAUUUUUAUAAUGGAUCUUGCUUUAUAGUCGAUCUGUGUAUUUUACACCCAGGAGCGAUUUAGGACCAAAAGCUUUAUGAAACUCUGUGCAGUUUGCUUUCAAGGAGGGGGGCUGCUUUGAUUUGUUAGGAUUUGUUUUAUUAUGUCAGACAUCAGUCUACUUGAGUUAGGUCAGUUUAAGAACUUAAAUAUUCUCAUUAGUGCUGCAGUGGCUCGUUUAGUCUGACUCUUCCUAUUUAAAUGUUACGCCUCUCGUUUUUCAAAGGAUCACAGUCCUUUUGAGGUCAUCGUUGAAUUUCACAUGCACUCCCCUGCAGAGUAAUCGUUUCCAGUACAAUGUUGAAUAUUCCAGUGUAAAUACAGGACCAGCUGAGUACUUGGAUUCACACCUAAACUGUAGGACAGUUGGGUGCAUCUCCAGAGGGGAUGAGACUGAACAGAAGAUUUGUCGCUGGGGUGGGGGGGGGCGGUGUUCUAUGGAGUUUCCCUUCAAGCCGUAGCAUCCAGCACCUCCAGUAUCCCAGCAUUCCACAUUCUCUUCUUCUGAAUGUUCUUCCACCCUGUGCCUUAAUAUAAAUGUACAUUUAUACACUGUGCUUCAGGGACUUGUGUAAAAUGGGGUGUUUCCCAUGCCUGUUAUUGUUACGGUGUUUGGGGGCUUUCUGCCUUUAAGUGCCUGUGUCAUCAUGUAAACAUUUCUUUUUGUUUGUUGUGUGCAUGUACACAUUAGAACAUGCUAGACAUUCCAAGAGAUCCAGACAGAUUCACUUUCAAUUCAUAAGGUCAUAAUUAACUUUGCCCCCCAAGAACUGCUGUUGAGGGACAAACUGUAAGCAUAUGUAGUGUUUAGUGUGUCUGUGAGCAUCUGUGAUGGUUUGGCUGAAAAUUGGCCUCUCUAUGUUGUUUCAUAGAAAACCAAAUGAUCCGCACAAAGUUACCAAAAAAGGACGUUUGUAAAUGGAGAAAGUCCUGUGAUUAAGUGAUAAACUGUAUUUGAGUCCUACAGCAUUGAAAAACUAAUUUAAAACAAAGAUCUCAAUAAAUAAUGUUCUUUAAAAAUG